AUGCAGAAGUUACAAGAUAGUAUAUUCUCUAUUGUCAAAACAACAAGUUUGUCGCCUGCCGUAUUUAGUUUCCUACAACCUACUGAAGAUUUUACAGAUAAAACACCUCUUGGCGGUAUUUUAAAGGAUACUAAACAUGGCUGGUUGGCUCUUGGUCCCAAAUUCUGUGUGGUCGAUCUUAGAACCGGAUUGAAGGUAGCUGCACGAACCUUUGGUACACCUCUCAGCAAUGGCAAUACAUCAGUAACAAGUGUGGUAGAGCUGCCUGAACCUUUGACCACAAACUCUAUCCAACUAAUGAUCAGUUUACAAAAUGAUGAAUGUGGAACAAUAUGUGUGCUUCACGUCAAUGGAUCUCAAUUGUUGCGUUGCAUUCAAACAGAUGUUGUUGUAACUGAGUUGGCAAUAUGUGAUAGGAUCCCUGAUGGCCCAUUCACUUGUUUCGACGGAGUUGUAAUGGCAGGGACAAAAAGUGGAGAAAUAUUUGCUUUUGACCUAAAUAGAGCCUGUCUUAUCCAAGCCUUAAAAGACAUAUCACAGGGCUAUGAGCACCUAAUCCAGAAUGAGUCAAACCCUGCCAACUUAAGCUUCCUGCAAUAUAAAGCACUACACAGAAUAGAAGGUCAAAGAGAGCUGGCUUUGGAAAAUGAUAAUCAUAUAGCUUUCCUAUUAAAUGAAAAUUCAAUAGUUGAUGGACAGUACAUAUUCCGUAAUCCUGAUGGUACUGUGCGCAUGAAAGCUAAAAGAGAUCAUAUACGAGUUACUGUUCUGCAAUACAUUCCACAAUUAGGCAGUUUAGCAGUUGGUUAUAACUUUGGUGCAUUCCAAAUUUGGAAUAUCAUGACCAUGGAAUUGGAAUUCACAUCACAAGUCAAUGUUGAAUGCUUGCCAGUUACACAUUUUGGAUUCCAGGAACCAUGUGAUGACCCAAGAGCAUUUUGUUAUCUAUGGGUGAUUUUUUCUAUCAUAGACAGGUUUGAAGAGGAAGAAUUCCCACUGGCUGUCAUGUAUUCACUGACAUAUCAAGGGAAGAGAAUGCUUUCUGACACAAAGUGUCUUUAUCAGGAUUUCUCAUCAGCAACAUUAAGAUUUCAACUGGAGUUAGGAACAGUUGAUAAUGUAGCACUUUUUGGAGGAAAAUGUGUCUCAUGCCACACCUAUUCUGUCAAUUCGACACUAGCUGCAGAAGGAGAAGAGAGUAUGUUGAACAUCUGUCAAAUAGUAUGGGAGUGUUGGGGCGAGGGCGUUAAUUCACCCACUCAAUAUGGAAUGUUACUAUUUGACUUAGACCAGUGGUACAAAGAUCAAAUGCCAGCAACGUGGCGGUUAGAAAGCAACGCGUUCAUGAGCAUGACGUGGUGCAGCGAGCUGUCGGCGGGCCCGUGCGUGACGCUCGACGUGCGGCUCGACCCCGCUUCCGUCGCCGUCUACUCGCAUGCUACCAGAUUAGAGGAACAUUUCUAUCCAAACUCACUUCAGUACAACUGCAUAUGCCUGAAUACUUCUGAGUCGUACAUGCUAAGUACUAUCGGCAUUCAACGUCAGAUCAUAAGUUCUAUCGAUGAGGUGGGUCCCACGGCUCUGCUGAGUCCGCUGCGGCUGUACAACGCGUGUGUCGCGGCGGGACUCACGCCACUCUAUAUGGAUACCUACCAAAGGACUGUCAGCCCAGAGGAGCAACGUCGUUUCUUGCUGUCGGUGGCGCUGGAAGCUCGCCUGUCCCGGUUCCUGAAGCGGUGUGCACACGACUGGGCCACCGGCAGUCACAGCGGCGCUGGAUGCACGCUCACUUUCUUGGUGGACUGGUGCUGGAAACGAGCCGUCGAGUUGAAAGAAAACGCAACAGAAUUAACUGCCCCACUGUUUGCUUCAUCAACCCUGCCGGACAGGAAUGUAGUGAGAUGCUUAGAGCAUUGUGUGCAGCAGUUGACACAGUUGACUGGCCUGUUAGAUGCUGUAUUAACCAAAUGCUGUAACUUAAUUGUACCUGAUGCUCUUAGUGAGAUUGAGGAGAAAUUCAAAGGAAUUGGUACUGUAUCUCUGUACUUGCAAGUGGUGCAGUGGUUCCUAAGGGUGGGUUUACUGCCCGAACGGCACGAUUCAAACAAUGCACUGCCGUAUCCUGCACAACAGUUGAACAAUAUUUAUAACAAGAGACGUCUGAAACUCAAUCGUCUUCAAGACAACGCGCCUACCAAAGAGGAAGACGCUAACAAGCCUUGUUCCCUGUUGUACAUCGAUCAACUAAUUGAGCAGGAAUUUGGCGGAGACAGAAUACGCGAGUUAUGGAUAAAAGGAGGCAGUGAAUGCAAGGGUCUGUAUCCACCACCGUCGCUAUACUCCCUGCUGCGGCUCUACUUGCUGUGUGACAUCGCGGAGGAGCAUAAACACUCACUGGUACUCUAUCUGCUCGUCGAUUACUCUAUGGUGUACGAUGAAAUCAGGUACGAGGCUGUGAUCCGUAGAUUGAUGCAAUUUCCAACCAUGUUUGGUUUGAGCAACACAGCAAUCAAAGCGACGCAGGCAUUUUGGCAUCUCGACCACAGGGACUUUGAUUUCGCGCUGGACCAGUUGCAGUGCCUGACAGGCAACACGCUGUCGGAGUGGCAGCACAACGUGGUGCUGUCGACGCUGCUGGCGCAGAAGAAGACGCAGGCGGCGCUGCAGUACCUGCACGUGCGCAAGCCCGCGCCGCUACUGGCCGCGCGGCCCAAGCCCGGGGAGCCCGCCCUCUCUUCUUUGAGGGUGAACGACUACGACAAGUUAGAAGACUGGCAGCCAUGUUGUAACCUGUACUUGGCUAGAGGACUGGUGUUUGAAGCGUUAGAUGUUAUAAGGAUAUGUGUACAGAAUACCGCCAAUGUGGAGGAUAAAACACAAUUACUAAAUUUCUUUUACAAAGGUUGUCGCAACACGGGGAAUCUCGCAAAAAUAUUACAAGCAACAUUGUUGCCGUUUGAAGAGGAGGUGUUCAUAAAAUAUUUAGAAGACUGCAAUGAUCCCAACACCUCGGAUAUACUAGUAAUGUACUAUUUACAGAAUUCUCGGUAUUUAGAAGCGGAAAGGUACAACAACAAGCUGAAGCACGGCAAGCCUCGUGGCGCGGAGGUGUGUAAGUCGUACGAGUCGCUGUUCGACAUGGCGGACAGGGACAACGCGCGGGACGCGCUCGUGGACGUGGUGUGCGGCGCGCUGCCCGCCAUCACCUGCGCCGUGGCCAGCCGCGCCGCACACCUGCGCGACGUGCCACACGUUAUAAUGCCAAGACCGAUGUCUGUUUAUGUGAAGCCUAUAUCUCCGAAAAAGACCUUCACCUACAAGUCAUCUUUUAUUCAAGACACCAUAGAAAACGCAAGUGAAACGUGGAUAAACAAACCAAAGAUGCGUCGCGGCAUUAAGCGCGCGCUCAACAUCGAGGAAACACCGUUCAUUUGCACACCCAAGCUGAACAGGACACGGAGCAUGUUAUCUCGGUCGCAACAGUCGUGCGGCGAGUCGAGCCCGCCGAAGCGCGCGCGGCUGGAGGCGCGCGGCGCGGCGCGGGGGGGCGCCCCCGCCCUGAGCGCGGCGCUGGCGGCGCUGCUGGACGUGCCCGACGUGCACGCGCCGCCCUACCCGCACCGCCAGGGCGCCGGGACACCCCACAGCAUACUCAAGAUAAGGAGAGCGGAGGCGUCAGAGAGAGAUGCAGCGUCACCGGUGGACUCGCGAUAUUUGAACGACAGCGAGGACGAGUUGUUGGAGACAGCCAGCAACCACACACACUACAGCGACUCUGCUAACAAGCAACUACGUUUCACGAUACCUACUCCUACCGAGCUGGGACCAUCACCGUCUCCCACUUCACCAGUCCGAGUGGCCACAAGUGUGCAGGAGAGAGAAAGAUUUGCUUCCAUAGAGAAGGAAAUGGACAUGUCGACGGAUAGCUUCGUAACCACUGCGUCACAUCCUAUGACUGAAAGUCAUCCGCUAGAGUCACCACCAAAGAAAUUAGCCACAGAAGAGACAGUGGCGUCUAGGAAGGUGCUGAAAGACAAUGUUCGAGCCAGGCGUUCGCUAUCAGUCUCAAUGAACAGCAGUUUAUCAGACGACCCGAACACCUCGGUAGAAAGUAUCGCCGAUAUACCAGUUACCCUCAUAAAUCCGCGAUACACCGGAGACAAACUACGCCAAACAACUGAAGAAUCACCAAGUGUGGCAGAGUUAAAGGAUACUACUGUAACAAGCGUGAAGGAGACGUCUAUAGAAGUACCUAAGACGCCUAAAGGGAGACGGAGCAUCAGAGUCACCGGGGAAAGUACCCCGUUGGUUACUAAAAGCCGUCCCGGUACACCUGAGCGACUCGAUUCACCAGUUUUGCGGAAUAUGGGGUCUACUAGGAGUAGGUCUCGUACACCCGAGCUAAGUCCACGUCAGUCGCCCUUAGCACCUAUACCUGAACAACCGAAGCAAGAGGUGGAAUCCGAACCUCAUCCUGCGAAGACCACAAUGAGCGUGCCGAGACAACUAAGAAGCAGAUCCCGAACCCCUGAACGUAUUGACAAAGCUUUGAUCGAAUCUCCUAAGCUUGAGGUUAUAUCAGAAUCACCUACCAAGGCGUUUAGCCCUGACUCAUCACCAUCACCGAGUAGUAGGCGGAGUUUAAGGAGCCGAUCUUGUACUCCAGAAGUAGAAAUUGUACAAGAACCCGUUAAAUCAAGCCCACGUAGUCUAAGGAGUCGUUCUAAAACACCAGAAAAAUUAAUUGCGUCAAAGGUUGAGAAUUCAGCGCGCGGCAAAAAAUCAUUAUCACGUCUUGUUUUAGAAGCAAAUACUUUCGCCAAAACGAAGCAAGUGGAUAAAAUGGAGACGGAUACGGCAAAUUCUGAAGAGGUUUCUAUAGAAUGCACUCCAAUGAAAGCUUUGAAACCAGUUCCUAGUCUAAUGGAUGUUACCUUAUCACCCAUAGUCAAUAAAUCAGUCUUACAAAGUUCAACUGAUUCUACCAUAUCCGAAAAUAUAGAGAAAGACUUAAAAUCUGACAAAAGUACGGUAGAACUUGACUUCAAGCCUCUGCCCGUGUUCACUACUUCGCAAGAAACUCGCAUAGAGAAAUCAGUGCUGCACAGCGUCGAAAGUAGUGUAACUGAAACAUCAGAAACAUACAAAAGUGUUCAAAAAGAGAAAAUUGUGUAUAAAGAAUCUAGCGCUUUACAAACAUUACCCGCUUUCAGUUUGAAUGAAACUGAAUUUAAUCGAUCGGUCUUGCAUUCGUACGAAAGCAGUGUAGCUGAAACUUCCAGCAUGCAAGAAGAACAGGACAAACGAGAAGAAAACCUAUCAAAACCUUUUGCUGCUUUUGUACACACGAUUCAAAGUGAUUAUGAUAAGUCUGUGUUACAGAGCGAUCAAAGUAGCAUAGCAGAAACAUCUAAAGUUGGUUCUAAAAUACAGGAUUGUUCAAGUUUGAUCACAAAUGACAGUGAUUUAGAUAUUCAGCAAGAAAAAAAGGAUGAGCUUUCAACUUCAGCAGCUGUUAUACGAAAGGAAAAAGAGAAGAUAGUAGAAAUCGAAAGGGAAAUCCAUGAGAUUGAAGGUGAUAUGUCUGAUGAAGAAAAUGCGGCAUCAGAGACAUCAGAAGACGAGGAAAUCGAUGAUGAAUCUGGGGAAGAAAGUGAAAGUUCUGGACAGGUAUCAUCACCCAGCAUAGAAAAUGAGGAAAAAGAAGAAAUCAUAUCAAUCUUAGAUACAGACGAAUCUAACUCGAGUUCGGGCCGACUUGAAAUCGAUGAGCAUUCUUCUGAAACUAAAGAUUCUAAAGCAAACGAUGAAACUGCGGAACGCGAACGUCCUAUGGAAAUAGUAGAACAACAGCCUUCAAUCACGGAUGUCAUACAGACUGAAAAUAUCCCACAACCUUUCGUUGAAAGCGCUGCUGACCCGUCAAAUCAACCUAAUUAUUCUCUUCUGACUGAUGAUAAUUCAGGAAUUGAAUCUGAUAAGUCUGAUAUCAACUUAAACUAUUCCGAUGGAAGUGAUAAAGUAAAUGCUGGUACGGAAAACCAGGAGCAGCCGAAAGAAAUUCAAGAGGAACCACAAGAACAAGAAUCUGAAAAUGCUAUGGAAGUUGAAGUACCCACUGAACCGAGAGAUGAGAAAACAACAUCGCCAGUAGAAGAAAAAGUGGGAUCGGGCGAAAAGAAUAAUAUUGUAACAACACAUACACUACCUACAGAAGUUCCCAAACAGGAUGACAUAACUAGUCUUCCUCCAGCAACUAAUCAGGGUUCUGAAGUUACAUCUUACGAGACAGUAGAUGGUGAAAUUAAAGGAAUUGAAGAAACAAAGGUGCAUUCUCAGGUAACAGAGAAUCUAGAAGAAAAACUUACAGAAGCUUCUAAAACAAUCCCAGAAGAGAAGCCCAUAGCAGUUUCUGAUAAAGAACAAAUAAUUCCAGAGUCCUCUACAAAAGAUGCAAUGCAGGAGGGUUCUGAAAAAGAGGAAACAGUUCAUGAUAAAGAAACAUUAAAACCUGCACGGUCUCGUAAACGGGUUAAAUCUACGUCGUCCAACAAAUCUGUCGAACCUGAGAUAGAAAUACAAAUAGAAACACCCAUCAAUAGGAAACGAACACAAUCAAAUGCUUCAGCUAAAUCGAUUGACUUAGAACAGACAACGCCGGAGAAUGAUAAAACUAUAGAAGUAGGUACUCCAAGACGCAGAGCUAAAACUCCCACAAGUGCUGAAGUCAGAAAAAUUAUUACUAGAAGAGUAUCCAGAGAAAUGUCAGAAAAAGAUGAUUCAAAACUCUUAGACGAAUCUAAAGAAGAGUUGUUAACUCCUAGGAGACGAUCUACUCGGACUAGAAGUAAGAAUAUAGAUGAUAACGAAAGUGUCGCGUCGGAGAGUUCUGUUGUAUCCAACAAAAGUCGGUUGAGUGAAGAUGAUAAACAAAGCAGAAAGGGAAAGAAGACCGUGCUUUCAAGUAAGCCAGAGUUGUCUGUGAUACCUGAAGUUAUCUCAGAAGAGAAGGUGGAUACUAGUCAAGCUGUAAACGAAUAUUCCACUUCAAGAAGACUGACCCGAAAUCAGAAAUCAAUGCUAGAAUCAUGUAUGGAAGCUCCCCCCACUCCCCGUCGUCGCACCAGCACCGCGUCCCGCACCUCUAGAACCUCUCGGACUUCACGCGCGGCCGCCUCCUCCGACGACGAUGACAGCGACGUCACGCCUGCCUUCGACGUACAACCGAUGGACCGGAUGAGCCUGCUGAACAAGACUGACUUUGAAGGUUCUCCGGACGUGGACGAGCUACAGACCGACUUGUCGCCUGAAUCUCUAGCUUCAGACGCCAGCAAACAGCGGAGAUCACACCUCGCUCGAGCUGCUUCAGAAGGCAGAUCCACACCAAAGGCAGCCAAAAUUAACAGACGUGUUUCUAUAGACAUAGCGGGAAGUCCCAGUUCUCCCGCGACACGAGGUCGUCGCGCAUCGUUCACUCGCGCCUGCGAAGCACUCCACACGCCCAAGGGACGCCGUACCAGCACCGACGUCAACAAGCCCUCGGGCUCGAGCCCCGCGGAGUCCCCCGCGGCGUCGGAGGCGGAGGGCGCACACAGCCCGCGCACUCCCGCGCGACGAACGCGCCGCGCCUCCUCCACCGCCUCCAACGCCAGUGGACCCAAGUCCGACACUGGCAAGAGGUCCAAAAAAACAUCCCUAGAUGAAAGUAAGGAUACAAAGAAGAAAUAA